CAUAUUACACACUCUGCCGUUAGAGAGCACGCGAGUUGCAAUUUCUCGGUGUUUGAGAUUCACAGGCUAUUUAUUGUACUUUUAAUGGUAAAAACGAAUGAACAUUGUUAAAGAGUAUUGCGCUUGAUCGAGUGUUUGGUGUAAUUAAUUGCAAUUGUACCUCCACUUUUUUUUAAAAUACGAAUGCUGAAGAGGAUAAUAAAUAUAAUUUUGAAAAUAUUUUUUUGAAAAUAUAUCGACCAUCAUGACAAAAGACGAAACCCUGGAAAAGAAAUCAAUAGAAAAUAAUGAUACUGAUAAAAAAGCUGCAUCUGAAUCGGGGCCAGAUCCAUCAGCCCCUGUAACAAGAAGAGGAGUAUUAACAUCGUUUUUGACUGGUAAACCAAUGGAAAUACCAGAACAGGAUAUUCUAGGUAAAUGUAGAUUUGUAUCAGAGUUUGAAAAGUUAAACCGCAUAGGAGAAGGUACAUAUGGAAUUGUUUAUCGAGCAAGAGACACUAAAAAUGACAAAAUUGUAGCUUUAAAGAAAGUACGAAUGGAACAUGAAAAAGAUGGUUUACCUGUUAGCGGUCUCAGGGAAAUAUCUGUUCUCUUAUCUUGUCGUCAUGAAAAUAUUGUACAUUUAAGAGAAGUGGUAGUAGGAAGGAGUCUAGAAAGCAUAUUCCUUGCUAUGGAAUAUUGUGAACAAGACUUAGCAAGUUUAUUAGACAAUAUGCAAACUCCAUUUUCAGAAAGUCAAGUUAAAUGUAUUGUUUUACAAGUACUGAAAGGUUUGCGGUAUUUGCACCAUAAUUUCAUUGUGCAUAGAGACUUGAAAGUCUCUAAUCUUCUUAUGACAGACAAAGGAUGUGUAAAAAUUGCUGACUUUGGAUUGGCUAGGUGGUUUGGUUUACCUUUAAAACCAAUGACACCUAGAGUGGUAACAUUAUGGUAUAGGGCACCAGAGUUACUAUUACAAGCAAAAACUCAAACAACUUCUGUGGAUAUGUGGGCUGCUGGUUGUAUUUUAGGUGAAUUACUUGGACAUCGACCUUUAUUACCUGGACGAUCAGAAAUUGCACAACUAGAAUUAAUAGUUGAUUUAUUGGGUACACCAAGUGAAGCAAUUUGGCCUGAAUUUAAUACUCUUCCAGCGUUGCAAAACUUUACACUGAAACAGCAACCAUACAAUAAUUUGAAACAAAGGUUUCCAUGGUUAAGUGCUGCUGGUUUAAGGUUAUUAAACUUUUUAUUUAUGUACGAUCCAAAGAAAAGAGCUACUGCUGAAGAAUGUUUACAAAGUAGCUACUUCAAAGAAGCUCCCUUACCAUGUGAUCCUAAGUUGAUGCCUACAUUCCCGCAACAUAGAAAUAUGAAAAAGGCUGCUCCUCCAAAGGAAACCAGAGAACCAGAAGCAACUGUUACAGACCAGACAAAUAACUUACCUGCAAUUUCUGAUCUUCUUGGAUCACUCGUUAAAAAAAGAAGAGUGGAAUAAGUUAUAGAUAUCAAUACAUACAUAACAUGGAAUCCAGUUCAAACACCCUUUCAUUCCUCGUUAUAAUUUGUAACCUUAUCUUAGGAUGUAUGAUCUUAUUCACAAAACAAUCUUUUUAAUAAACAAACUUUAUUACUGGAUGCAUACAAAAAAUUAUAAAACAAAUGUGUUUGUUGUUACAAGAAAACACGCAUUCGUGAAAACAAAAUGUGCAUACGUUAAUAAAUACGUUAUGCGAAGUGUGACUUCAUUAUGUAAUAUGAAACUUUUGACAAAUUUUAUAAUUUCGAUAAUAAUUUGUACAAACGUAAGUGUUAAAACGAGUACGUGCAUACAAUUAACAUUGAGUAUAUUUGACGUGAUUAACAAAUUCUCAUUUUUCAUGCAAUCUUGAUUGUAUAGAUAGUAUUACAAUCCUACAUCUUAAGUUUUCACGUUUUUUUUGGCAAUUUCAGUACUGUCGUAGCGUUUCUUGUAUUCACCAUUCGGAUCGUAUUUUGUCGUAAGUCGUUCCCAAUCUCUUGGUCUCUUAGUUCUGAGAUGAUUUAUUACUUUUUCUGCAAUAUCUUUUUGUUUCUCAUUGCAUUUACUGCAACCCGUGGCUAAAGCGUCUGGUAAUGUCUCUGAAAUUACACAUGUGUUACUUCAUUAAUAUUAUUUUCAAAAAUUUUAAAUAAAAUAAAAAUUCAUAACAAAUAAAUAAGAC